GACGCACGGCCAGGUCGCUGAGAGAAGUCACGCUGCUGCUGCUGUUUUGAAGAUGGAAGUCCUAGAUAAAGCAGUAAAUGGAUAUAUUGAUCACUUGCUUGGGCCAAAAGAUCCCAGAGUAAAGGGAUGGCUUCUCCUGGAUAACUACGUUCCUACUAUUUUCUUCACUGCCCUGUAUUUAUUUAUUGUGUGGAGAGGACCCAAAUAUAUGCAGAAUAGACAACCAGUUUCAUGCAGGAGCAUUCUAGUGGUGUAUAACUUGGGGCUCACCCUCCUCUCCUUCUACAUGUUUUAUGAGCUUGUAACUGGAGUAUGGGAAGGAGGUUACAACUUUUUCUGCCAAGAUACCCACAGUGGAGGUGAUGCUGACACAAAGAUAAUUCGGGUCCUGUGGUGGUACUACUUUUCUAAACUCAUUGAAUUUAUGGACACUUUUUUUUUCAUACUGCGGAAGAACAACCACCAGAUCACAGUCCUGCAUGUCUACCACCAUGCAUCCAUGCUCAACAUUUGGUGGUUUGUCAUGAACUGGGUACCCUGCGGGCACUCCUUCUUUGGUGCUACUCUCAACAGCUUUAUUCAUGUGCUGAUGUACUCCUACUAUGGACUCUCGGCUAUUCCUGCCAUUCGCCCAUAUCUGUGGUGGAAGAAAUACAUCACACAGUGCCAGCUGACUCAGUUUGUCCUUACUAUGACUCAGACUACCUGUGCAAUGAUUUGGCCCUGUAAAUUUCCCAUGGGUUGGCUGUACUUCCAGAACUCUUACAUGAUCUCCCUCAUCAUCCUGUUCACCAAUUUCUACUUAAAGACGUACAACAAGAAGACCUCUUCCCGAAGGAAAGAAUACCAGAAUGGAUCAGCCAGUGCAGUGAACGGAUACACAAACAGCUUUUCUUCCUUAGAGGACAAUGUGAAGCAGCGGAAACAAAGACAGAAUUGAGAAACAAACUCAGUCACCACUUCAAUACACCAGAGAAACAACAAUUUCAAGCGCAGAAAAAUCAUCUGGGCACUGACGCCCACACGGCUACUGUAACUUUCCCUAAUAAAAAAUAAUGUGAUUAAUGUAGGUCUUACAGUCCCUGCCAUGAUACAAAUGAAAUAGAGACAAUAAAAUAGGCUGUAUCAAAAUAGCAGCAGUUAAUGUUUAGACGAAUACAUCCAGUCAUUUUCUGUCUCUUUACCAUCAAUCCAGAAUAAAAUAUAAAUCUACAUUUAUGUUCACAAACAAAUGUUAAACCACCAGCACAAGAGAUAUAUAUUUUGGUUUAUGGCCAAAAGGCUAACGUUUUUUUUUUAAUAUGAUUACAUUAUGUGCAAUGUAUAUUUGAAGCAUACUGUUCUUGUCAGUAAGAAUUAGGUUUUAUUUUUGCCGCCCCACUGAUCACCCACAGGAUAUUUACUUUCUGAAAGCAGCUGAUUAACUGUAAUCAAGGAAUGCUUGUAAAUAGAUAUGCCCGCUGCUAUAUCAUGUGCAUGCAGAAGAGUAACAACUUGUUAUAAAUGACUCUGGAUCUGCCAGAUCAUCAACAUGUUUUCUGCAGGAUUUGUGAAGUUAUAUAUCAUUUCCAUCCUGCAAGAAACAGGAAUAUUACAGUAUAGGUGAUUAAACACGCAUCACAUAUAUAAAACUCAUUAUUUUAUGGGUUUCCUAAACAUUAACUGUUGCUUAUUCCCCUCAACUCAGCAACACAUAGUACUGCAGCACCUCCUGACACUGAAUGGGUCAAUGAUCCAGGGAUUUUGACUUCACGUUGCUCAUGCUAUAGACGAUUGAAGAAAAGUAUUAUUGUAGUUUAUAACACUGCUGUUGCCUUACUAGUUUAUAUUAUAGGUGCUGAAUAGCAAUUUAUGGUUUUCAAGAACUGUACUUUAUUUUCUAAUGCAGGGUAUCCAUCCAUUUGUAGCUGUAUAUGUAUAGCCAUCCAUUUGUAGCUGUAUACAGAAACAUGCCUUAAUAAUUGAUAUGUAAAUAGCAGUCGCCAAAGCUUCGUACAGGUUGGAAGAUAUGAUCUGAUUGCUCAACCCGAGGGGCAGAUUUUUAUUUGUGUGUGUGAUAGAAUGACUGCAGACAGUUAAUGGUCCUGCAUGUUUUGUAAAAAUGUCAGCGCAGAAUUUGCCAACAUUGGGAUUAACUUGAAACCUUUUCUUUAGCAUAUUUGAGUUUUCUGUAUUGUCCAUAGUGUGUCCAAGGACUGUAAGUGAAUUGCACUCAAGUGAAGCUAAUGGCCUAAAACACACAAUAAGUUCAUCAAUGCGCACAAAGGAAUAGCAACAUGAGCCAAAAGAUAGUCAUGCCACUAAAUCUGCAAGGAAUGAAGGGGAGCAGAACAUCUAAACCAGGCACUGCUACCCUCUCAAGUUUACUGGAGGCCCUGCAUCAUUCCUUGUGAAGAUAUUAUCUAGGUUCUCAUCCCCAGCUGACAUUGAAUAGCGUAUUUGAGCAUUUUUUCAAACGAUUAAUAUUACUGUGACUGCAGGAAAGGAUGACAACAUAUUUCAGAACCACAUACCACAAUCCUUGCCCUGAGAGUCUAACUGAAGCCAAGGAAGUAGCAGAUGUUUUUCUAUUAUCCUCUUGAGUUGCCUCAUACUCCACUGUCAAUAUCAUUUACAUUGCACAUAGAAAAUGUGUCUGUUAAUAUAUUAAAAACUAAAAAAAAUGACA